AUGCAACAAGACCAUUAUCCAAAAGUUGCUGCUGCCAUCCAAUAUCUUUCCGAGCACGCUAUUCCAGGCAUCACCAUCCUCGGUCACCACCACUCGGAUCAUUGCUACGGGCAAAUACACCAUUCAGCGCGUCAAGAUCGCAUCAAUGUACGCUUCCAGUACUAUGGUCAAAUCGUCGAUGGCCAAGUGAUAUUCGAUUCUAGCGACUAUGCAUUUGCACCCGACAUUCUCUUUGAUCCCAAUGCACCCUUGAUCUCGAACGACGACGCAAGGCUCUUGCCUAUUGCUUGGCAUAUUGGCGACUCGGCGUGCUUGCACGAUUGGCUGCAAUUUGUACGACAAAAGAUUUUCAAUAUCCCUCCAGAGAUCAAUACGCAGCAAGAUACGACAAGCGAUGAUUUGAUGGAAGUGGAUGGUGAGAAGAGAUCGCCGCAUUUGGAUGAGACGACAUCGGCUUCAGUGGUUGUGAAUGAGACGGAAGCCAAGACAUCAACAGUGGCUGCCGAAGAGGCUGAUAUGGUUGUGGAUUUACCAGAGGUGAGGCAAGAGCCAAUACCAAUAUCAUCACCAUCACCACCUGAGCCAGCCCCCAAAGUUACUCGAAAGGCAUUCAUUGAGCAUUGGGUGAAGGAAAUGCCAAACCAUGUCAUUCGAUACGAUACCGAUUCGAUCGUGUUGUACCUCACCGUCAAGAUACCACCAUCAAUAUGGGAAGAAAUGCAGCCAUAUCAUCGACAAUCAGUGGAUGCGCUUGCUGGUUGCGCUGUUAAGAUAUCCAAACCAAGAGACACUGCUCCUUGCCUUGUACAAUUGACCAUGCCUGAACAAUUUCCUCAAGUCAUCCAAGUAACGUUAAUAUCAGCCAUCAAUGUUGAUCCGCAUCAUGAUGAAAUAUAUUGGCCCGAUCGAACUGGAUUUGUGAUUGAUGAUAUGGAUCCGACAUUCACUGUGAAGCAGAUGGAUACACAUAUAAGGCGGAUAUUAACGGAGGAGAUUCCAAUGUUUCACUCUGGGUUGUUCCGUGACGAGGAUACACAGGCAGUGGGAGUGAAAUGA